AUGGCUCCGUCAGUGAGUGAAGCUGCUGCUACGCCGUCAGAGCUGCCAGACGAGGUGAACAAGCCGCCAGAGGGCGUUAUCUUGCCACCAAAGGACAUCAAAGAUCGAGUGAGAGAGAAGGAGAAGAACAACACCAAGUUCUGCUUCCUGAACCCGGACGAUGCCUACGCUCCGUUCUACGCAUGGCGGCUGAGCGAGAUCAAGGCUGGCAGAGGGACGGAUGUGUCUGCUGGCCGCGUCGGGGAGGCUGCCGCCCCCCCCAAGGAGGAGGCGUCCCACGUCCCCAAGCCUCCGCCGGAGUUCCAGUUCUCUGCCCGGAUGCCCAACAUCAACGCGCUGGACCUGGAGGUGGUCAAGCUGACGGCGUUGUUCGUUGCAAAGAGAGGGAAGUCGUUCAUGACCUCGCUGUCACAGCGUGAGACGAGGAACUUCCAGUUCGACUUUCUCCGGCCGCAGCACAGUCUGUACCAGUUUUUCACCAGGCUAGUCGACCAGUACAAAGAGCUGCUGCAGGUCGAGGGCCGCGAGAGCACCGUCACGGAGGAACAGCGGCUGGCAGAGCUCAGGGGGAACCUGGAGAACAAGUACAACGCUCUCGGGCGGGCCAAAAGGAGAGCCGAAUGGGUGAGGUACCAGGAGAUGCAGAAGCUGCAGAAGGAGGAGGAGGAGGAGGAAGAGCAGGUAGCCUAUGCGCAGAUCGACUGGCAUGAUUUCGUGGUGGUCGAGACCGUCCUGUUCACCGAGGCAGACGACCAGGCGGAACUACCGCCUCCCACGUCGCUGAACGACCUGCAGACGGCAUCUCUGGAGCAGAAGGCCAUGAUGUCUCUCCAGCCGCACGACAGACGGAUAGAAGAAGCCAUGCCUACCGAAGACGACACAACGACAUACUACAACGCUACGACCGACACACCAUACCAGUCCGCUCUCCCCGUCCUACAACCGCAACGCCCUACUUCCGCCGGCCCAGUGCUACCGUCAUCGCCGUUCUCUUCAACAGCAGUAACAUCGACAUCCGCCUCUCUCUCGCCCACUCCCGUCUCAGUAGCAGCCGCCUUGCCCACCCCUCCAGCAGCACCGGACCAGCAGCCAAUUCGCGACCGGAUCCGCGCCGCUCCCUCCCCUUCGCCUCUCCCAGGCCAGCCGCCGAUGCGUAUUCGGUCGGACUACGUCCCUCGCGCGCAGGCCAAACACCUCUCCAGCACCAACCAGCCCACCUCCAUAUGCCCCAACUGUCGACAGCAGAUCCCCAUUGCGGAAAUGGAGCAACACAUGCGCAUCGAGCUGCAGGAUCCACGCUGGAAGGAACAGCGCGCCAAAGCCGAGGCGCGGUUCGCCAGCACUAACCUGUCCACGGCCGACGUGGCGAAUAACCUGAAGCGCCUGGCCAGCCAGAGAAGCGACGUCUUCGACCCAGUGCUAUCCGGGCCGGCGGGUACGGGCGAAGGCGAGUCGCGCGAGGGAGACGAAGAGCUCAGACGGAAGAGAGUGGCCGUGGGACCGAACGGAGUCCCCGUGAACAUGAACGUACCGCAGCCUUCGACGAUACCUAUUCCUACGCAUCCGCACACUCACCCUCUCCCUCACGCCCCUAUCCAUGCCCACGCCCACGCCCACGCCCAUGUGCAUGCGCCGGGGACAAUGCCUGGACUCCCGCCCGGCGCACCAGGUACCAACCUGCCCAUGGCCCCGGUAGCAUCUGCCCGACCGAACCCCAAGCCAGCCAUGCGCGAGCUACCAAAGCCUCCUAUCCAGAAGCCACCGCCGGUCCAGUCGGAAAUCGAGAAGCCAGAGACGCCGCCGGUGAACAUCAACGAGCAGAUACGCAAGAUCCACGAGAAGAUGAAGCAGUGA